AUGCACUUGGGCUGCACUAUGGCUUCAGGCCACUACAUUUCCUAUGUGGAAGUCAAAAGUCAACGAUCCGUGCGUCGACUACAUAAACUGCCCUUGCAAGAGCUUCGAUUGUUGCGGACUGCACAUAAACAGAAACUGCUGAUGAUCUCUAAAAAAAAAAUCUUGGGGCAGCCAGAAGAUUUACUCUCCUCCUCAUCCUCAUCAUCCUCCUCCUCGUCCUCCUCCGAAGGCGAAGACAUGUGGCUUGAGUUCAACGAUGAAAACAUCAGGCCCAUCUCCAUAAAGGAGUUGGUUGAUGAUUCGAGCUUCAAGCCAAACUCCUCGUCGAUGCCCUAUCUUUUCUUCCACGCCAGAUUAUGA